AUGGCGUCUAAAACGGAGCCGAAAAAAGAGAAAUAUUCGGAGUUCUGGAGGAAGCAAGACUGUGUGAGCAGAUUCGCUGAAGCCGGUGAAAAUCAUGUGUGGACAACUGAUGAUCUACUNCCAGCGUUCAUGUACGUUACGGUUCGAGCACAACUGCAGCAUUUGGGCGCCGAAAUACGCCUUAUUGCCGAUUUUGCGGCACCUCAACUACGUGCCGGAGGUCAAAUUGCACUCAUGUUCACAACGCUAAAAGCCAGCUACAUGCAAAUUUGUAAAGAGAAAAGUCUUCCUUGA